AUGCCCAUCAUUGAAGAAGAAAUGGAAGAUCCGAUUCGGGAGAAAGAUCAUAACAUAGGAAACGAUAUUAAUAAUGGAAAUAACGGUUGUACGUCAAAAGAUAAAACAAUGGAACAACUUGAUACAUGUCCAAAAUUGGAAUUGAAUAUCCAAGUCGGUGGCGACGAAUUUUACCAAUAUUGUUAUCAACUCGUACAACAAUGGAAUCUUGAUACUGGAUGCUUUGAAAAUGACGUUGAAAGAAGAGAUGAAUCACACUAG